AUGCCAAAGAAACUCUCUAAAAACCCGCUCCCGCCGAGCACCUCAACUCUCUCCACAAUCUCAACAGCAUCAACAUCAUCCACCGCCCUCCCAUCCUCCCUCGCCGAUCCCUCUCUCCCACUCCCCAAGCUCAUCGUCUUCGAUCUCGACUACACCCUCUGGCCAUUCUGGGUAGACACCCACGUAACACCGCCCCUAAAACCCAACUCCUCACACACAAGCGCCACAGAUCGAUACGGCGAAGACUAUGGUUUCUUCAGCGACGUCCCCGCCAUUCUCCACGCUUUACCACGCGCCGGCAUAAAAAUCGGCGUGGCAUCGAGAACUUCUGCACCGAGCCUUGCGCGCGAUUUGCUAAAGAUGUUACAUAUCACUGGACCGGAGGGUGGAAAGCCAAAGAAAGCGCUAGAUGUGUUUGAGGGUUUGCUUGAGAUUUAUCCUGGGUGUAAGAUUAAGCAUUUUGAGAGCUUGCAGAAGAGGACGGGGAUCAAGUAUGAGGAUAUGCUGUUCUUUGACGAUGAGCCGAGGAAUAGAGAUACGGAGAGUUUGGGGGUGACGAUGUGUCUUGUUAGAGAUGGGGUUACGUGGGGGGAGCUUGAGAGGGGGGUUACGCAGUGGAGGAAUAGAAGGGGAUAUAUUACAAGACCAGAGGUUCCAGAGAUGGGAUAG